GAGCACAACUUGUCUGCUCAGACUCAUGGGCUCUUGGGAACAGCUGAAAUGUGGAUUCUGAUCAGUGUCAUCCUCAUCGGGUGGGGAUCCUGUGCUCACGGGCAAGUCAAACCUUGUGAAUUUCCAAACAUAACACAUGGAUUCCUAGAUGACAGAUACAAUCCAGAGUUUCCAGCAACUGUAGGAAAAGGGUACUACUAUAGCUGUUAUGAAAAUUUUGUGACACAAUCGAGACGCACCUGGGAAUACAUCAAGUGCACACAAACAGGAUGGAAGCCAGAAGCGUCUUGCCAGAGAAAAUGCAUCUUCAGUCAUUUGAAAAAUGGAAAGGGGGUAUGGAUAUCAAAAAUAUAUUACCAAGGUGAAUCGAUGAUACCUGAGUGCAAUCCUGGCUUUAGUCUUCCAAAUGGGCACACAGUCAUGAAAUGUACAGAGAAUGGCUGGUCUCCUCCUCCCAUAUGCGAGCAAAUCAAAUCUUGUGAUAGGCCGGGAUUUAAGAAUGCUCUAAGUAAAAGAAAUGGCACACGGUUUAUACUCAAUGAUCAGCUGGAGUAUCAAUGCAAACCUGGCUAUGAAACCAAAGCAGGAAGGACCGGUGGUUCCAUAGUGUGUGAGCGCAAUGGUUGGUCUGAUCAACCUGUUUGUCGUGAAAAAGAAUGCACUGUCCCGAAUUUAGACGAAAACAUAUUGGCUUCUCCUUCAAAAGAAAAAUAUAGAAUUGGAGAGGUGUUGAAAUUCUCUUGUAGAAAUAAACUUGAGAGAGUUGGACCAGAGUCAGUUCAGUGCUAUCACUUUGGAUGGUCUCCUAGUCCUCCAACAUGUAGAGGUCAUGUUAAACGUUGUGGUUUCCCACCUUCACUUUUGAAUGGAAGAUUGACAGAAGUGGAGAGAGAAGCCUAUGAACACAGUGCCGUGGUGGAAUAUGUUUGUGAUCCUCAGUUUCUGAUGAAAGGUUCUAGGAAGAUUCAGUGUGUUGAUGGAAAUUGGACAGCUCUGCCUAUGUGCAUUGCGGAGCAGAGUACAUGCCAAGAUGAACCUGAACUUGAGAAUGGCUUUGCUGAUUCCUCUGCUCCUCUAUAUUAUCAUGGAGAGUCAAUCGAGUUCAAAUGCACGGAUGGAUUCACAAUGAUUGGAGAGAAAUCAGUUACAUGUUUCCGUGGAAGAUGGACCCAACUUCCUAAGUGCAUCGAAACAAGUAAACUUAAGAAGUGUAGGAAAGCAGAAUUGAUUUCAUUUCAUUCUUCUAAGAAUAAAUUUAAUCACAAUGACAAUGUAACUUACACAUGUAAUGGUAAAUCAGAAAUAAAAUUCUCAACCUGCAUAAAUGGAAACUGGGAUCCUGAAAUAAACUGCAAAGGUCAAACAAUACAGGUCUGCCCACCUCCACCUCAGAUUCCCAAUAGUCAAAUUAUGACGACCACAGUCAAUUACCAGGAUGGAGAAAGAAUAUCAAUUCUCUGCCAAGAAAAUUAUGUAAUUCAGGAAUCAGAAGAAAUGGAGUGCAAAAAUGGAACCUGGCAGUCAAUACCACGCUGUGUAGAAAAACUUCCAUGUUCUCGGCCACCUCAGAUUGAACAUGGAAACACCACAUCAGCUAGGUCUUCUCUAGGGCACGAAGUUUACCCACAUGGCACCAUACUGAAUUACACUUGUCAAGCUGGUUUUAAGAUAUCUGAAGAAGACAACAAGAUAAAGUGCUUCAUGGGAGAAUGGAGUCUUCCACCUCGGUGUGUAGGACUUCCUUGUGGAACUCCACCUCAGAUUUCCCAUGGUGUACCUCAGUUAUACAAUGAAGAUGGUUACCAAUACGGAGAGGAGGUUAUGUACAGCUGCACUGACGGUUAUGGAAUUAAUGGAUCUGCAAUUGUAAAAUGUUUAGGAGGAAAAUGGUCCAGUCCACCAGAAUGCAUAGAAACAAAUUGCUUAAGUUUACCCAAAUUCAAUAAUGCCAUUCUUGCAAGCUCAGAGAAGAAGAACUCCUAUAAAUCAGGAGAAAAGGUGACUUUUAAGUGUUCAGAAAAUUACCAACUAGAUGGACCCAGUUAUGCAGAAUGUUUUAACAGCAAAUGGAUAGGAGGGCCAAUAUGUCGAGAUGUUUCUUGUGGUCGUCCGCCCAUAGUUGAACAUGCUUUCAUAUAUAAUGACCGGGAGAGGUAUCCAUCUGGUGCGCGAGUGCGUUAUGAAUGUGAAAGACCUUUUAAACUCUAUGGAGACACAGCAGAAGUGCAGUGUUUAGAUGGCAAAUGGACAACACCUCCUCAGUGUAAAGACGCUGUAGGAAAGUGUGGUCCCCCUCCACUGAUACCAAAUGGAGAUACCAUUUCAUACCAACAUAAGGAAUAUGCUCCAGAAUCAAGAGUUGAGUACCAGUGCCAAUCCCUUUAUAGACUCGAAGGACACAGGACUAUAGUGUGCCGCAAUGGCCAGUGGUCAGAACCACCCAAAUGCAUAAAUCCCUGUGUAAUAUCAGAAGACAUCUUGAAUAAACAUAAUAUAGUGUUCCGAUGGGUGGAUACAAAGAAACUUUAUUCUGAGUCAGGGGACAAGGUUGAAUUUUAUUGUAAAAGGGGAUAUCGUAGAUUGUCACCACCUGAAUCAUUUCGAACAAUCUGUCGAGAUGGACAAAUAGCAUAUCCCACGUGUGGGUAAAUUAAUAUUUCUAGUGCAAUCAGAAACUUAAAAUAUAUACAUUUGUUUUGAAUAUUCAUUUAUAAUCCAUUCUUCUCAACUCAUUCUUAAUGUUUAUACUUUAUGCGUAGUUAUCAAGCUAGGUACACAUUAUGUUGAUGAUGCAGUUUUAAUAUGAGAGAUCCGUGAAUUACAUUUUAAAGGUAACACAUUAAAAGUUUGUAAAAAUUAAUGUGUAUCCUAUUUGUAAAAUGUCUAUAUUUUGAAAUAUGUCAUAGAAGCUUUUCUGCCUACUUCCUCCUGUCAUUUUGCUAAUAUUGUUCCACCUCUUUCUAGAACUUCCAGGGAUUUCUGAGACUCUAUUUCAAAGAAACUGUAGAAACAUGCAGGCUUUCAAAAUACUGCCAAUUCCAAACACUUAUAACUCAGGGUAAAUUAAAUGUCUAUGCUAAGAACAAAAUAUAAAUAGCUCACUUUUCUUCAUUUGUGAGUAGAUUCCAAUUCCAAAAUCACGCAAUAAUCUUCACACUUUUGUUGAUACAUGACUAAAUUGAAAUUUUAAAAUAAUGCUGAUGAUUAGAAGAGUGGGAAAGAGCCUGUGAUACAAGAGUUAGGUAUCAUAUGUAACACGAACUUUUAUAGAAGCGGAUUGGUGUAGUCAUUAUGAAAAGUCAUAAUUCAUGAAAAUGAAGAGUCUCGUCUAGUAUUCUCACUUGGGUACUUACUAAAAGGGGACUAAACACUAAGUCGAAGAAAAUAAACAUAGCCAUGUUCAAAGCAUUAUUAUGUACAAGAGUGGACUGGGAAAAACACAAGUUCCCAUUGACAUGCGAUUGGAUAAGGAACAUACUGCUUCUAUGCUCAAUGAAAUACUGACAGUUAUUUCAACAUAAUGAGAUAUUGCCACUUCUGAGCACAUGAAUGACUGUGAUUUAUUAAACUAAUCUAAUGGAGAAAGAUAAGUAAUGCAUGAUUUCAUUCAUAUGUGGUUCAUAAAUGAAAUGGAUUAGCUAAAUUAGGUACAAAAGCUCUGCUCGGGGCGGGGAGGGAACCUGGAGCCCAUCCUCUCCGAGAGGCCAUGGGGAAGACAGCCAAGUGUUCGGGCUAGAGACUCUCUGCAUCGCUCUCUUCUGGGAGCUUGCUUUUAUGCGUGUUAUGUCCAUGUGACUGUUCUUAUUUACAGGAACUUACUCCUGGCUCCAUGCUCAUGGAUCACCGUGGUGGUACCCAGGGAGCAUACGCUGUGCUGGGAACUGAACCUGAGUCAGCUGCAUGAAAGACAAGCACAGGAGCCUCUGAAAUAUCUCUCUAGCUCUCAGCAAACACUGGGGGAGAUUUGGGGUCACACCUGGUGGUGUUUUGGGCUUAUUUUUGGCUAUUUGGUCAUUGUUCA